CAAUUGCACUGGCUCUUCAGGGAAUGCAGUGUGCUAAGAUCUUAACUGUCUGUCUAAUUGGAGGAAGUCACUAUUUAUUGUUAGACGAGAUCUCACAUAAUCUUCAACAAAAUGGCCACAGUGUGAGAAUGCUCCUUCAGCUGGGUACUCCACUUCUUACAGGCUUUUCCUACACGAGUCGUCUGCACAGUUAUGAGACAAGCACUUGGUCUUUGGGAGAAAAGUAUAUACAAGAAUACAACGGCCAGUUCCAGGAGCAGCAGACACAGUUCUUAUUGGGAAGGGACAACUUCAACGGCUUUUUAAAGUUCAUGGGCCAUUUAUCGUAUCAGUGUGGCAGACUUCUUGAAGACGAAAAGAUGAUGUCAUUUCUGCAGAUUGAACAUUAUGACAUCGCUGUUCUCGACGCAUUAAAUCCCUGCUCGUUCAUUCUGGCACGUAAACUCGGUAUUCGGUACAUUGCGUUCUAUCCUGGGGCUUUAAAUGGCCCACUGUCCAUUGGCCUCCCCAGCCCGAUCUCUUAUGUACCAGUCUUCAACUCUGAGCUGACGGACCGCAUGAACCUAUGGGGUCGAAUGAAGAAUCUGUUUUAUUCUCUCCUCACACCAGUAGGUCAGGCUCUUAUUUGGUCCAGGUUCAGUGAAGUUGCUGAACAGCACCUUGAACAGUCUCUUAGUGGAUUGGAUGAGUUACACCAAGGAGCAGAACUAUGGGCGUUUAACACUGACUUCUCCCUAGAGUUUCCUCAGCCUCUAAUGCCCUUCACUGUCCUGGUGGGAGGAGUGCUCAAUAAACCCGCUAAGCCACUACAACAGGACCUUGAUUUAUGGAUUACGACCCUUAAAGAGCCGUGUUUCGUUGUGGUGACACUGGGGUCAAUGGUGUCUUCUGUCUCUGUGGACUCACUGAUCACAGAGCUGGUGGCCGGCUUCUCCAGCAUUCCUCAAGGCGUUAUCUGGAGGUAUGACACCAAGCUAUGGCCGUCUCACAUAGAGAUACCUCCCAAUGUCAAGAUUGUGGAUUGGCUUCCUUUGAAUGACUUACUUGGCCAUCCCAAAGUCUGUCUCUUCAUUACUCACGGGGGUCAGAACAGUUUGCUCCAGGCAGUGUAUCACGCGGUCCCCAUCCUGGGAAUUCCUCUGUUUGGAGAUCAGUUUGAUAAUGUGGUGAAGGCAGAAGCGAAGGGGCUGGGACUCAUCCUUAAACCUACACAAAUCACACGAGGUCGUCUCAGCUCUACAAUUCAAACUCUCAUACAAGACAACAGAUACAAGUCGUCUGCCUUAUCUCUGAGCAUGCUCCAUAAGUCCCACCCUGUUCCCGCGGCUCAGAGGUUUGUGCUGUGGGUGGAUCACGUCCUGCAGAGUAGAGCCGGACUGCAUUUAAAACCUGUGGCUCUGGUUCAGCCCUGGUACCAAAGGAACCUGUUGGACAUCUUGAUACUGCUGACCGUAGUACUUUUACUUUUUCUAACUCUCUGCUGGAGUUUAUGUAGAGAAAGGCACUUAAAGAAUAAACCCAAAAGUCAAUAG